AGUCACUGACACAUUCUCAUAGCAAAAAGAUUUUUCUCUCUCAAAAUAUUAAGUGUACCACUACAUGAAGUGAUAUGGGGUCGUUGAGAGAGGUUUUUGGUGCUAGAGAUGGGACAAUAUUUGAAAGAAAGAGAGAGAGAGAGAGUGAGAAAGUGGCAUAGAAGAGACUGAAAGAGCAUCAAAAUAACACCGUAUGUGUAGAAUUGAGCAUAAAUUCGAUGAGAAGCAAAAUUAUACAUAUAUAUAGGUAUAAUCGUGUUGUACGAUUGUUCCUGGGAAUGAAAUGUGAAACAGUGAAAUGGGCUUUUAUGUUUUCUUGUGUGUGCAAGAAAGAGAGGGAAAGGGAGAGGCUGAGUAAGAGAGGAUUUUAUAUGUUGGGAAGAAGAGAGAUUCAUAUAAAAAAAGAGCGUAAUAAAGUGUGUGUGAUUGACUACAAAUGUCGAUUUCUUCAAUAUUUAUUGAAAAAUUGUGUUUAUUAUCGCAUUAAAAUCACAUUUGGGAUCAAUUGAUGUGACUAUUUAUUGUGCAAUUGAUGAAUAUUGUCGGUAAUAUGUGGAAUAGUGACAGAUAUAUGGGAGACAAUUGAUUGGCUGGAGUGUUUGACAAUAUCGCUACUUUUGUUUUGUGUAUUAUCGCUCUUCUGAGACAAGAGAAUACGCCAAAAAUAAAAAAAAAGGAGGCUGAAGAAGAGCAUAGAAUAAAAGGUGUAAGAUUUAGGGUUUUCUGACCAACACUUUGGUGCUCCUUUUUUUUGUGGCAAAUACUCUCAAGAUAUGAGAAAAAGGCAAUAUUUUAUGAAAUAUCGAGCAUCUAUUUGAUGCACUUGUUCCUUUAUGGACCUAGCAAUUUUGGAUCUAUAUCUGUAAUAUGUUGAAGUGUUGGGGACAAGAGAGAAAAGUCUCGCAAUAGAUCCACAAGAGGGGGUGAGCCCUGUUCCGGGAGUGAGAACGUAGUAGUCUGGCGAAUAAAUCGGAGUUGUUUGGCUCUUGAAUGCUAAUCGGAAUUUUGUCACCGCCUGGUUCAUUUAUAGCGCCCAGUCCAUCACCAUCGAUUCCGGCUAGUCCGAGACUGCAACCAUCACCGUCGCAGUCACCCUUUACCCAGGAUGUACUGCUGGUGACCAACAACACGGUGGUGACACAGGAGCCAGAUCACAAGACAACGAUCCCCAAUCGGCGGCCAUCCUUCCAUCAGGUGGCAAAUAGUCCAAAUGCCGGUACGGUGCUCUUUAGGCCGAGUCCCACGCAAUCACCGGCGGGGGCGAGUACGUUCAUUGCCAGUACGGGCACUGAGCUCAAUACCACCCUUGUGGGAUCCAACAAUAUCGCUCUGAAUAAGAAGCUUGGAAAGAAAACAUCGCAGCCUCAUGGCGGCCAUGGCCAUGGAAUGUCCACGACGGCCAGCAGCCCCAAGGCAUCCAAAAAAGCCAUGUCGUUGACCAAUAGCCCCAUAACUAGCCCGAGUCCCAUCGCCAGUCCAACUUCUAAUACGGCUCUGAGGCCGCCAACGCCUCAACCAAUUAUUCAGCAGAUUCCGGUGAUGAGCAGUGGCAAUCAGCUGCUGCAAAUUAUCCAAGGACCUCAGAUUAUUGCGCCUCAACGGCAAGCCCAUAUAAUAUCAUCGGCUCAGGCUAUUGCUCCGCAAACGCAACAGCCGGCACAGUUUGUGAGUCAGCAGCAGCAGCAUCAGAUAAAGAACAACAAGGCACCACAGCAAAUCCUGCCAAAGCCCACAACUACGGUACUCCAGGUGAGUGGUGGGAAGAAUACUACGACUGUAGCCAAGGGGGCACUGCAGUUGGGGCAGCAGUCACAGCAGCAGCUGCAACAGCAGAUUGUUCAGUCACAGGCACCGCAGGUUGUGCAGCAGGCACAGCAAAGUGCACCACCGCAUCAAGUGAUCUCGGCGGCGGCACAGACAACAGCAACCGCCAAUGCUACUCAAGGGAAUAUCAUCCUGCCAACUGGUAGUUUAAAUACCCAGCCAUUGCUGGUGAAUCAGAUGCCGGUGAUUGUGCAGCAGAAUACCCCACAGGGUGUUCAGUUUAUACUGCGACCAUCGGCACCGCAGAUUACGGCACCGGGGUUGGUGAUUCACAACACGAGACCCCAGUUGCCACCACCGCAGCCCCAGCAACUGCUACGAAUUGUCAAUGCCAAUGGCUCGAUGCAAUUGGCAGCGGCAACGCCGACAUUUAUCGUUUCGUCCCAGGCAAAUCUCAUUCAGCAGAAUUUGCAGGGGAUUAAGACAAAUACAGCCACACCGUUGACACAAAUUGGUGGUUUGCAGGCUCAGCGGCAACCACAACAAAUAGCAGCGGCGAUCAAUCAACAUUUGAUUGGUCAGAGUGUGGCACAAAUUCAGAAUUUGCAACUAAAUGGCAAUCUCACGCACAUUCAGAUGCCCAAUGGUCUCAAUGGCCAGUUCAUAUCGCAGCUACCGCAGCAAUUUCAGCAGAGUCUUACCGGUUUCAAUCAGCUCAAUCAGAAUAUCAGUUUGAAUCAGAUUAGCAGCACAAAUUUGUCUCAGAUUGCUGCUGCAGCUGCUGCAUCGCAGAAUAUGGCAACAUUUCAAUCACCACCGCCACCGCCCCAACAACCCCAUGGCGGUGACUUGGUGGUUAGUGCCCAGAUGCAGUUUACAGCACAGCAACAGAAUACGAUAACGGUGAGUCAGGCACAGCAACUGGCUCAGCAGCAAAUACCACCGAUCCCUAUUUCGCCGAUUAUGUCACCGCAGAAUCCAACGGCAAUUCUGCAAUCUGUGACACCGGAACCCGUCCGGAAUCCCACUCCUGUCAAACAACUCAGUCAGGGAAAGAUGCCACAGGUGCUAGAGAAAAAUGAGAGUAAGUGUGAGAGUACAUCAAUUGGAAAGAGUGAUUGUUCGUCCAUCAAAGGAACCACCGUGACGAGUAAGCCGAAGAAGGCGAAGAAGUCCAAGAAGAAACAGAGUUCGUCAACUGAUGCAGCUGGACCAACAAUGAGUACGGGAAAACUCGAUUUGGCCAAUGUUAUGAAAUUAUGCGGAAUUAUGGAUGAUGAUGAUUUGAUGGAUGGCGAAGAAAUGCCAAUGACCACGUCUGAUCCGUUGGAAAUGAAGCAGACAUCACCGCAACAGACAUCACAGCAACAGGAACCAAUUGUAACGUCCACGGCUGGAGAUAUUAUGAUAACAAUUCCUUUCUCGGGCCAAAACGCUGACAUUCCAUUCAGUUUUACAAUUCCAAAUAGUGUAGAGAAUAGUGAUAUGCCGAAGGGUAGUACGGCCGUUGCAAAGGUGGCACCGGAAAUCAAAAGUGAACCCGUUGGGGGAUUGCAGUCGGUACAGACGACAACUACAACAUCUUCGGGCAAUGGAACACCUUUUAUGAUCACCAUUGAUUCGACAGAGGGUGCCCUUGGGCAACCCUAUACCAUCUCCAUCCCUCACAUUCCAUCCGAUAGCGAGAAGAGUGGAGUGAUAGUGUCAGGAUCAAUGGAUACUGGCAUGCCACAGACAUCAAUGUGUGUUCCAACGUUCGUCAACACCGUUCUGAGUAGUACGGUAACCCCAACACUUCAGAGUCAGAUCAAUGAGAUUCAGAAUCAACUAAUGGGCGUAGUGACACCAACAACCUCCGCUGCACCCUCAGCAGUACUUACGUCAACUACAACAAGUGUAACGAAUACAUCAACCGUUGUUACGAAAUCAACCCCAACAACCCCGACAACGUCAACGGGUGCACUUGGUGUUCCGGUGAAGAAGAAGAGUGCCAAGAAGAGUAGUAAGAAGUUGGAGAAAGCUGUGAAGAAUCUUGUUGGUGUUGUUCCUGGACAAAUUGGCAACAUCCAAAUAUCACAAGUUGAUGCAUCAAAGGCUACAGCAUUGUCGAAGAAUGUUAUUGAUAAUCAAAUUCAGAUAACCCCAAUAAUGGAUACAACGAAAGCAUCACUGCAACAGAUGACAUCUGUAGCGGCCCCACAGCAACCAAUUCUCGUGACAGCGAGUCAGCAAGUUGUUGGUCUGCCGAAUAUUGUGACGACAACUGUGAGUUCGGGUGCGAGUGUUGUGCAACAACCACAAAUACUACAACAUCAAAUUGCAACAGCAGCUCCAAUUCAGUCUGUAGCUGCGCCAAAUGUGGUGAAUUUGCCCAAUAUUGUUCAGCCGAAUGUCCAGAUAAAUCUGCCGAAUAAUCUUCAGCCACAGAUUCAGCCUCAUCCUCUGGUACCGCAGUUGACGGGGGCACUGAGUUUGUCUCUGGCUGAAGAUGGGCGUUUGCUGUUACGGCAUGAUGCCAAUGCACCCCAAGAUGCUCAAUCUCAGGUGAUUCUGCAGACAAUUCUCAGUGGUGCCCUGGGAAAUGUGACACUGAUAACGGAACCACCGGCUGUGGAUAAAUCAACCCCACCUCAAGCUGUACAACAGCCACAGCAACAACCACCGAAUCAGAGUCAACCUAAGAUAUUUGCCAAUAAUAUCAUGCAGCAGAAAUCACAUUCAACACCGAUUGUGCAUCAGGGCAAGAGUAUUGUUAUUCCAGGGACGACAUCACAAGGCAGUACGGCACAGUUUAUGCCACAGACAAGUACAUCGGUAGUUACAAGUAUUGCGGGUACUUCGCAAAUUGCCAAUGCUAUGUUUAGUACGUCACAGGGGCAAAUGCUACAGACACCUCCUGUUGUCAGUCAAAAUACCAUCUUCCCGACCACUCAAUCUGCCCAGCAGACAAUGCAAACAACCACAGCAGCUUCGGUUAUCCAAGCAGACAGUCAAACACUGAAGAGUGUACGGAAGAUUCCUCCAACAGGACAAACAUCAACAGCUACAAUCUCACCGCAACCAACGGCUGUUCUCGUCAAUCCCAAUCUACCCAAGUUUGUCGAAUUGCCAAAAAUUGGCCCGAAUCAACAACUGUUUUCACUCAAUACCAUCACAAAUCAAAUAACCCAGAUUAAUCCGGGUCUGACAACAGCUUCCCUCGGUCCAAUGGAGAGGUUGUUGAUUGUCCCAGCGGGAAUCAAUGCUCAACAGUUGGCACAGUGCCUACUGCAGGGACAGAUUCAUUUCAACAAUAUUGGACAAGUUAAUCAAGCUCAAGAGCGUGAGCAACAGAAUCAACCCAAUCAGACGACCCAUCAAAUGACCCAGCAGAAACCUGUUGCUGUUGUAGGUCAGACGGGCAAUGGUGCUGCUAGUGGUACCGUGGGAAAUCCCGCAUCUGUUGUCAGUAAUCAGGGCAAAGAUCAGUUGAAAGUGACAUCGGCCGUGGUGAAGGUGAAUGAGAAUAAGGUGAAGAAGACGACAAAGGUGAAGAAACUGAAGCCAAUGAGUGAGGCUAAGGUGAUAAAGAUGGCACCGGGGAAGAAUGUUGUGCUGGAAAAUCGAACACUGCAGAAGUGCAAUCAUUUCAAUGAGAGCUCAGUAAAGGCUCCCGGACGCUUACUGGUGCAUCCAUCGACAGCAAGUACCGUGGUGACAACAACGAGUGCACUUAGCACAACUCUAGGCAAUGCUGCAGUUCAGCUGAGUACAUCCAUUGGGUGUGCAACGCCAACAACAUCGGUUCAUGUGCCAAAUACUGCAAUAGUUCGUCCAAGUAUUAUUUCCAACAAUGCCAGACACCAUCCAUCAUCCACAAAUACACAUUCCCAUCCAAUUAUCACACCGACCAUCAAUCAGCCUCAACCACAGCCCCUACAGGUCAUUCCGCCACCGGGACAAGAUCAACAUGCCCAUCAUCAGCCCAAAAUGCCACCGCAAUCACCAAAUGUGACCAAGACAACGGCAACUGGUGCACUUCCGCCCCUUGUCAGUGUAAAUACGACUCUGCCACGUGUGCAGACCAUUCAGCUGACGCCGCAGAAGCAGCAAAUGCUGAAGGAUGUUCAAAUGAAGAUUCAGACACUGUCGGGGAAGUUGCAGAACAAAACUCUCCUGUCCACUCUCACAAUUCCCAUUGAUUACGAUGCGUCAAAUUCACUGCACAACCAACCACUUCCAACACUCACAAAUCUCUAUGCAAUGACCGAUGCUGACAUCCAUGCAGCCCUGCAGCGGUUGUUCCUGGAGCAACAGAAGAUCCUGGCCACUGGCAAGAUCAUUCCUACUCUACCCACUCCGCAUACUUUCUCCAACAUGACGCCCAGUGUGCCCACAACGCAGAUUCAAGUGGCUGUGGCUCUGCCAAAGCAGACAACUACCGGAACAUUCCUACCAUCGCCCAUCGAACUCACCCCGCCGCUGUCCAUUAAGCAGGAUGUCAUCCCAACUCCAGCUAUAGCUCCCAGUUCAGCUGUUGCCGUGACAACAUCAACUAAUGCCCUCACGAUGACAACAACCAAAGCCAUUCAGGCGAAUUCAAGCAAUCAGCAGAUUCCACAGAAUGUCAGCCAGCAGGAAUGUGUCAGUGCACCGCAGAUGAGCCCAAAGAUGAAGAUUCCCAGACAAUGUUUAUUUGAGAGACAAUUAGCUGUGGAUCAGGAGGGCUGUACGAAUCCCGACACAAAAACACCAUUUAAUAGCAAAGAGGACGCCAUAAAACGUUUAAUACGGUAUCACUGUACAUAUGGCGAUGGUGAAAUUGAGGAGGAAGUGCUGAGUGAGAUGGAGGCAUUUGAAAAGACAGCAAAUCAAUUUCAAGAUCAAUUCAAUGGCAUGAUUAAUAAGUAUCAACUUUUGCUGAUGAAGGAAUCAAUGCAUCAUGUUCAAACAUCGGAAUUGAUGAUGAUUGAUCGUUUGCUAGUGUCGGAUAUUCAGAAGGAAAUCUUGGAUAUUCAGAUGAAUAUAUCGAGUGAUAUGACGACAACAGCUAAAGUUGAGGAGGUUGUUGCUGAUGCUGCUGCUUCUGGGUCGGUGGAUGUUAAAAGUGAAGUGAAGAGUGAAGUGAAAAAUGAAGUGAAGAAAGAAAAUGUGAUGCCAGUGCCGAAAAUCACCUCUGAUCAGGUUAGUACGGGUGCAGCUGUACCGGUAACACAGGUAUCGGUCAGCAAGACACCAAGUAGUGCUAGUGAUGUGAAACAUGUAUCUGUUGUCCAUUAUGGCUAUGGAACUGGGGUUAGUGGUGGAAAUCAAGGGAAUGGGGUGAAAAAUUCAAGUGAUACUAAGAAAGAAUUGGAACAAUUUGACAUUGAAUCGGAAAUAACACCGAGUUUUAUCAUGAAAAAGUGUGAUAAUCCUCGAGGAAGUGCUGAUAUUGUCGAAGAGGGUUACCAAUUCAGUCUGGAUUACUACAAUCAGGCAGAAGGGGCUAAGGAAUCCGAAGUGGCAGAUGAAGAUUCCAAGCCAGAACCCUAUGAUGAGUGGUUGUGUAUACAGAAAGAAUUGGGGUAUAUCAGUGAGAAUAAUAGUAAGAGGAAUGAGAUGAAGUUGAAUGAUGAAAUUUCUCCACGUUCUUCACCAUUGGAUCACAAUAAGUCCGUGGAGAAGCAACUGUCGGAGAUUUUUGAUCAGCACAGUCCUAAAAGUGUUGAACAUCAACUCAAUGAUCUCUUCAAUCCACCGUCGACGUCUGCCAAGAGCAAUACUGAGAGUAUUGUUACGUCAAAUUCACCGCUAUCGGAAUUUUUCAAUGCUGAUUCAAUUGUGGGCAAUGCUCAUUCGGAUAAAUCCGUUGAGACGCGCCUGGAAGCGAUGUUUGGGGAGGCUCCCGAAGAUGACAAGACAGAUCUCGUAGAGACGCGUCUUGAGGCACUUUUCCAAGGAGCCGCUCAUGAUACAUCAACUUCCUAUUCCCUGACAUCGCAUGGACCGAAUAAUCUACAUCCAAGCAUGAUGCAAACAACCACAAAGCGUCAGUGGAAUAACAAUGGUGACAUUCUAAUAUCGCCGCAGAGUGGGAAUGAAUCAGGGGAUUCGACAAUCUUCCCCAAGAGAACCUUUAUCGGAGCCGGGGCCAGCAGCAAUGAGGGAUUUGUCGAUUCAAACAAUCGCUGGAUGAAUGAUUAUCCAAAUGCACAGAAUCUCGAUCAUCAGCACACAAUUCAGCAACAAUCAAGUCAACAAUAUGAUUUUAUCGGAGACACAAUGGAUUGUGUCUUGGGUGAAACGACAAAUCAGCACCAUUCCGACGGUUCAGAAAUGAACAAACGCCUCUGGAAUGGCGAUCUAAUGGCAUCGCAUUCGGAUGUUGUUCCAUCGAAGAAAAUGUGCUUCAUCAGCAAAGAGAUCCUCGAUAGAGAUUUCCUAGACAUAGGACCUACUCCAACGCAGCAUCCAGUGUCUGAGCUAAGCAUGCAGCAGAUGAAUCACACUGGCUACGGCACAAUGAAUCCCAUGGCAUGUGGGGCAACAAAUAGUGGUCAGAGCAAUAGUAUGAGUGCAUCGUCAAAUUUCGAUGAAGAUAUCAGUCGUCAAGUGCAAAAUGCCAUUGAUAGUAUACUGAAUCUUCAGAGUUCCGAAGCGGAUUCCUUUCACUUUUCGCUGGAUCAGAUGGGAUCAUUUCUCACAGAUUCAGCCCUAACGCCAAUGAUCUCCAGUCUGCCGACAACAAGUCAGAGUACCACCAUCAAUAGGCCACCGUCAGUGGCCAAGAGGAAACAGCUUCCGGCCGCUCCGCAUCUCAAUCACACCAGCAGCCAGAUGCAGCGUCUGGAGGAACUCAAUGAUUGCCUAAUGCACAACACCACGGACACCACGGGGCACCAUAUAAUCAUUGAUUCAUCACCAUCGGGUUCGUCAUCGUCCUCCACGGCGACUGUGGUGAGUGAUUUUAAUUCUGUCAGUACAGCCCAUGAUUCAGUCAAUGCUACUGCUCUCGAUGAUACAGUCAAAUCCAUCAUAACUUCCUGACAACUUUCCAUUGAGUUCACAACGGCUGCUCUCUAAAGUGUACGAAUAAUUGAAAACGUUUUUUUUCGAUACGGUAGAGCAUUUAAUGCAAAUUUCCAUUAAAAAUUCAAUCAAAAUUUUGUCGAAA